AAUUCGGCGCUUUUCUGCAAAUCGCUAUAUAAACGAAAUGCGCGACCGUGGUAGACACACAACAAGCUCAGCUUGCCAAAGAGACUUUUGUCUACCUGCCACCGUUUCUACAAAUCACGCAUAAUGCAGUCGAAAACUUUGUUGAUUGUUGCCCUGGUUAUCCUCAGUGUUGUGGUAUUUAAUGCGGAAGCAGGAGGAAAGAAACAUCAUAAAGUAAUCAUCCACGUUCCACACCACAUCAAGACGAUAAAACACACGCACACAAUCUACAAAAUCAUCCACCACAAAGAUCACAAGAAGGAGGAUCACGGACACGGCCACCAUGAUCACCACGAUCAUCACGAGCAUCAUGAGCACCAUCAUCAUGAUCACCACGGUCAUCAUCACUGAUUUUAAUUCAGUUUGCGAUUAAAUCAAACAAAAAAACCGCUUGCACCCUCCUAAAACAUCGAGUGGCCUUAUGGUUGGACGAUGCAACUGCAUUUCGCAUCACUUGUAGAAGACGCCAGCUUUAACCUAUAACUUAAACCUCUCAAAAAGAGAAAAUGCGAUCAUUUUUUGAUUUGAGAGUUAAUUAUUACCUAACAUAUAAGAAAAAUCUUGUUACUUCGUUGUAUGAACAUGUAAAUAUAUUUUUAUAAUAAAUUUAUUACAUUUAUAGCUCCGAA